GGGGGGAGAAGAGGAGGAUCCUGUCCGCCAGGAGCAGCAGCAGCAUCAUCAGCGAGCUCCUUCACAUGUGCGAGAGGAAGAUAGAGAGGUAGAAGGAGAAGAAGAAGGAGAAGGAGGAGAAGAAGAAGGAGGAGAAGGAGGAGAAGGAGAAGGAGGAGGAGAAGAAGGAGGAGAAGGAGGAGAAGGCCUCUCCUCCGCGUAGCCUCACCUCGUGUCCGGGACAAAGGAGGGACUAUUUGACCUCUUGUGAUGCUCCCGUGCUCGUCCUCCGCGCAGAUGGAGGGAUGCGAGGAAGAGGAGCGGCACGCGCACAUGCACACGGAGUGCUCCAGACUGACGGAGGAGAGAGAUGAAGCUGAGAGACAACUCAAACACAUCAAGAGAGUGUCUCAGAUGGUGAUUGAGGAGGUGUGCGUUCUGCAGACUCAGCUGGAGAUUGAAAAGUCGUGCCGGGAGAAUGCAGAGGCCGUGGCCACGGAGCUGAACUCUGAGAACAGGAAGUUAAAGUACAUGAGCCUGUCGCCUCGUCCGGGUUUGGACGAGAUGCUUCCGAGUAUCUCCGACUGCAUCGCCAUGGACGCAGACGCUGCAGACGGGAGUCCUGACACCUUCACACAGUACCAACUACAAGUUAGAGAACUGGGGGAAACAGUAAACACCUUAUUGGAGGAGAAGAAGACUUUUGUUACUAGGAUACAUGAACAGCAGAGACGGAUAGAAGGGCUGACGUCUCAGUCUGAGAAAGAUCAAGCCGAGAUGAAGGAGCUCCGUGAGACUGUUGAGCAGCAACGUAAAACCAAGAGAUUCAACAGAGUCUCCACCAUGGCGGCCCAGGAGUACGACGGGAUGAAGGACCAGCUGGACCUGGAGCAGAGCCUGAGAGUGACAGCUGAGACGUACGCUCACCAGAUGCUGGUGAGGCAGAAGGAGGCCAACAGGCAGAGCAUGCUGCUGCUGCAGAGCUCUGAGCCCAGUGUUCAGCUCCUUAACGCUCUGGAGGACGUUGCCACCAUCACCAAGACGCUUGAGGAGGAUGUAUCACGCGUGUGUUUUUAUCUGCAGCCGCCUCCAGUCUGUGAGGAGAAACCACAGGAGAGCGCCAUGGAGGAGCUGAAAGGCAUGCUGGAGACAGUGAAGAGGAGCCCCAGCCAAGGUUCUCAGGAGGCCGGAACCUCGCAACCAGGGAAGAAGGACAGCGAGCUGGAGGUCAUCCUGAGGCGCCGACGCAACAAGGCGGGAGAAGCCGGAGAUGAUGGUCAGAUGAGCCACGUAUCGUCCUCCGACAGCCUGAAUGGGAGACCCGCCAGCAGCGACUCGGUAGCGGGGGGCCUGAGCGUCCCCUCCGGUGCCGGGGCCCAGGUCGGCCCGGAGCGACGUGGGUCCGGGCCGGGACCUGUGGUGGCCCGGAGGAGGAGCUCUGAGACGGGCAGAGAGCCCAGAGUUGGUUCCUGGCAGGAGAGGAGGUCCUGCAGCUCUCUGACAGAGAACGAGUCUCUAAGCAAUGGCUGCACCAACAGUGCGGCGGGGACGCUCGUACAGACAAACUGGGUCCAACCCGCUGAAGGGGGAGAGUGCUAGAGGGACGUCUGAAUCUUGUGAUCAGCCAUUGGCCGACGGGGGAGUGAUGUCAUCCGGGUCCGACUGGUCGCUCAUCGGACCAAACCAGAGCUGUUCUAUGGCUGUGUGAUCCUCUCAUCUCUGACACGCUGAAGGAGUGGAAGUCAGAGGUCAAAGGUCGUUAUCACGAAGCCCCCCCCCCCCUCACCUGUCCUGUCUUCCGUCGUCAUGGAGACUAUCAAACAACAAGUUCUAUCAAAGAUCAAUGUCUUCAUAGUUUGCAUGUUCUCCUCUGAUUGAUCUGACACCCACUGGUAUCGAAGGUGUGAAUCAGACUGAAACCUGAAGUUAUCGAUCAGAGACGAUCUAUUAGAGCAUCGGUCGAUCAGCUGAUUAUCAGCUCUGUCUUUGCACUGAGCUUUAUUAUUGUGAAAACACUUACAUCUAAAAUACGUCUGAACGAAUG